AUGGCUGAGCCAAAAAGGCCCUUAGGAGAGAAAGGAAAUGGGAGAGCAGAACGGGGAGGACCGCCUUCCUUAAAGAAGGCGAUCCGCGAGCGGAGACAGGCAACACUCAUGUUCUCGCACAUAAGUCCACAGCAGGAUGCAGGUCAUCUUGAAUCCCAGGUCAAUGCUCUAGCGGAUGGUUUAGCGGUGUCCCUCCUGCCCGAGCCCCUGCCGGACCCCAGCGAGCCACACAUACGAGGCCUCCUCACCAGACUAGAGGCAGUGUCUCAGACUCUCCACAGGAAGAGUUAUGAGGAAGAAACUGAGGAAAAGGAGAACUGUGCUCUUCAAGACAGAGUUAACCAUAUACGCUCUUACCUGAGGGACAGGCUGAGCAGUCUGCGCUCUCUGCUGCAGGUUCAGCGUGAGUGCGACGCGAGUGUGUGUGCGGUUCAGAGCGGGUUACAGAAGCGCUGGGCUCUGCUGGAGGAGUUACACACCCGAGUGACUCUGAGGCCUGACAGCACACAGGAAGCACACGACCCUCACGCCGUCCUCACAGACACUGAGAGCCUGUUCAGUGAGCUCGGUCAGUUCAAAAGCAAAGUCCAACAGUGCCGGACACAGCUGGAAACCAAUAUAAACCUUUUACAGGCACUUCGCAGCAGUCAUCAGCGUCUGAACGAGACUUUCUGUACCACCAUCGACUCUACAUGGACCAAAGAGUUAUUACAGUCCAACACUGAUCUGUUUUCGGAGAUCCAUGAGGAUUUCAUGUCUUUGGAACAGCAGACGUCAAAUUUUGUGAUCCACUUGAGAGGCCUGAAGGCUUAUGAGGAGGAAAAGACUAAAUUAUCUGUGAAUCAGUCACGACUGUCUCUUCCCGCUGUCCCUGUGUACGCUGCUGCUCCGGAAGCAGCGCAAUUACAUUCUGACCCAGAAAGUGACCCGGAGUCCCCAGGAGCCUCACAGAAGACCCACUCCAGAAUGUCCCCCUUCCAUAUGCUCUGUGGGGUGAGGAGGAGGAAGUCAUCGCCGUAGUUUUGACAAAAGUUGGAUGUUUUUACAGGACAUUAUUUUAUGCCUAGUAUUUUAUGUGAAAGCCUGUUGUUCAGGUGUAAUGCCAGU